GCGGGGAGCCCCGCCGCCGCCGCCGCCGCCGCCGCCGCAGCAGCCCGACCCCACGCGCGCCCCUGCGCAGAGGGAAGCCCCGCUGCCCCCCCCGCCCCGCCCCAGGGAGGAAGCCCAGCCAGCGCGCGCUGGGGGGACGCAGGCCGCAGCGAGCAGGGACUGGGGGGGCGGGGAGGGAGGGGCGCCGCAGGGAGCCGCCCGCGAAAGGCGCUCUGCAGCGGCGGGGGGCGGGGGGCUGGCGGCCGGAGGGGCGCCGGCCAAGUCCCGCCGCGGCCCCACCACCUCCCCGCAGGGUGUGGCGUGGUCGUGGCGGGGCAGCGCCGGCUGGCUGGCGGCGGGGGGAGGGAGCCCUCCUGCUCCUGCGCCUGCUCCGGGAGGGGCCUGGUGGGGGCGCCCCGGGGACCCUCCGCUCCCUUGGGAGGAGGUCGCCUGGCCCCUUUCUGACAAGAGUGGGGCGGUCCUCCCCCCACCUCCGCGCAAGCCUCCCCCUGGCCAGUAAGAGAAGCCUUGUGGAGCUUGUGGCCGGAGAGGUGGGGCUGGGCAGUCGUCCGGUGGGGGGGCCUGCGGCAGUGGCCAGUCUGAGCCAAGGCCUGCUUGCCCAGGGCCAGUGCCAGGCUCUACAGGAGCCCCCCCCCCAGUAAUGCUGGCCCAUGGAUUCCUAUCUCCUUGGAGCUGCGGCAGCAGCCAUGAAUGGGGGGGGGGCAGUUUAGGUGCCUCACUUGCCCUCCAAGGAACCCGGGACUGUGUAGGAGCCCCCUUUGGCUUUGGCUUUACGAUCACCCUGCGAGAAAGUGGCUAGCCCCCACCCCCCCAGCAAGAUGAAUCCCUGAACAGGGAUUUGAACCCAGGUCUCUCGGGUCUUCAGCAUCCAGCUCUACCCACAAUGCCAUGCUGCUGGCUCACCCAAGCACUCCCAUCCAGUCACUUCCUGGGUGGGCUGACCCACCCACUGCCCCCCCUUCUGCUUGCUCCCUAGCAGAGGCUGCAGGGGCCGCCCAUCCUGCCUCGCCAGUCACUCGUCUCUGUCUGAAGUGGGCUCCCUCCUUCCAGGCGCUGGAGGAGGACCGUGCCCCGCAGCCACCACAGAGAGGGCCCUGCCUUGCGGGCAUGGCUGGAGAAGGGGUGGAGUGGACAGUCGUGGUCCUGACCUGCCAGCACAAGGACAGCGUCUUCGCCUUCCACAGAGAGCUUGAGAUCCGCCGCGACCGGGGCGCCCUGGGCCGGCAGCCCGUCUUGCUCACCGUCGAGGACCCCAAGGCCAACGUGGGCAGUGGAGGCGCCACCCUCAACGCGCUCCUGGUGGCAGCUGAGCACCUGAGCGCCCGGACAGGGUGCACGGUGGUCACUUCUGACGUCCUGCAAAGGGCCUGGAUCCUCAUCCUGCACAUGGGCCGGGACUUCCUGUUUGAUGACUGUGGCCGAGCCUUCACCUGCCUCCCCCUCGAGGAUCCCGCUGCCCCCGCCGAGGCGCUCACCUGCAACCUGGACAGCCUGUUGAGCACCUUGACGCGCCAGGUCUGCAGAGGCUCCCCGCCGGGCGUGUGGGUUUGCAGCACGGAUAUGCUUCUCUCCGUCCCGGAGACGGCCGAGAUGGAUUGGCACGGCUUCCGGGGGGCCCGGGUCCUCGCUGUGCCCGCAAGCAUCUCCUACGCCAGGCAACAUGGCGUCUACCUUGCUGAUGCUCAGGGGGUUGUGCAAGACAUUCUCUACCAGAGCCCGGAAGCCCAGAUCCAGCCCUGCGUUGGACCCGAUGGGAAAGUCCCCCUGGUGUGCGGGGUCGUCUUCUUCUCCUCCGAAGCAGCAGAGCAGCUUCUGGCCACCCACGUCACCCCCCCGCUGGAUGCCUGCACCUACCUGGGGCUGGACUCGGGGGCCCUCCCCAUUCAGCUCUCUCUCUUCUUCGACAUCCUGCUGAGCAUGGCCCGGGGGGUGACUGAAGAAGCCUUUGUGACGGGCCGGAGCCCAGGGGCGGCCAGCGGAGAUGGUCAGAGCGUGGCGGCAGCGGCAGCUUCCAGGAGUGCCCGAUCCGUGCUGUGGAAGGCUCUCCACGCAGUGCCGCUCACAAUGGCGUACAUUCCGGACGGUUGCUAUGACUACCUGACCCUGUCUGCCCGUGACCACAUCCGCCACUUGACGCCCCCCAGUGGGGGCACGGCCGGCAGCAGCUCCUUCCGCCAAGUGGCGCAUUCCUGCGUGGCCGAGCCGCAGCUCUUGGAGGAGGGCUGCUCGGUCACCAACAGCCUGCUGGAGGGAGCCGUGGAGGUGGGCCCUGGGAGCGUCAUCCAGCACUGCUGCUUGGAGGGCCCCCUGCAGAUCCGCUCAGGCUGCUUCAUCACGGGGCUGGACGCGGCGUCUUCCGUGGCCCUCCGGAGCCGCCCCCUCCAGGACGUGGUCCUUCAGGGACAUGCUGUCCGGCUGAGAGACAUUCCGAGCAGGGUCUUCACCCUGAGUGGGUGUCACGACAACUGGCAGAGUCCGGCAGAGGACAGCGGCACCUACCUGAAUGUGCCGUGGGCCGCGUUUUUCCUCAGGACAGGAAUACGGAGCCAUGACCUUUGGGGCCCGGACGCCCCUGCCGAGAGCCGCUGCCUGCUGACCGCCCGGCUCUUCCCGGUGCUCCACGCGUCUGAGCCGCUGGCCGUGGAGGAUGUCCUGUGGCUGCUGGGCUCCCCGGGGGCCGGACGGCUGCCGCGCUGGCGGGCGUCCUGGCGCAUGUCCUGGGAGGAGCUGAGCGGGUGCCUGGACCAGGGGGCAGAGCUCUCGUCCCGCAAGGCCCUCUUCUUCCUGCAGGCCCAGCGCAAGGUCCGGCGGGUGCUGGGGGGCCACAGCAGCUGCAGCCUGCUGCCCCUGAUCCGCUCGGCCGUCAUGGAAGGCUACCAGGGGGCCCUGCUGGACACCUUGGAUCAGGUGGCUUCCACCGCCAGGGACCCCGGAGUGGCUGCCCGGGCCUUGGCCUGCAUCGCCGACACCCUGGGCUGCAUGGCCAGGGGCGAAGGGGGCUUGCGGAGUGGCCCCGCGGCCAACAGGGCUUGGGCCCCGGCCUUCCAGCUCCUCGAGAGGGGGAAGCUCCCUGAGGGCGUGGCGGAGCUGGCCAAGGAGAGGCAGAAGUGGCUGAGCAGGCCGGUCCUGCUGGUGCGGGCGGCUCGCCACUACGAGGGGGCCGAGCAGAUCCUGGUCCGCCAGGCGGUGAUGUCCUCCUGCCAGUUCGUCGCCCUCCGGCCGGCAGAGCUGCCUCCCCUGGGCCACUGGGUGGUGGUGGAGUGUCCCGCCCGCAUCGACCUCUCCGGGGGCUGGAGCGACACCCCCCCCAUCACCUACGAGCACGGAGGCGCCGUGGUGGAUCUGGCCGUCCUGGUGGAUGGCCGCCGGCCGAUUGGCGCCCAGGCCCGGCGCAUCGCGGAGCCAGAGCUGCGGCUGGUGAGCACCAGUGGAGGGCUGGAAGGAGAGCUGGUGGUGGAGCUCCAGUGCCGGGAGCUGGAGGACCUGCGGGAUUACUGCCAGCCUCACGCCCCAGGAGCCCUGCUGAAGGCGGCCUGCGUCUGCACCCAAGUGGUCGACCUGCCUUCCCAGAGGAGCCUGCGGGAGCAGCUGGCAGAGCGCUGGGGAGGCGGCCUGGAGCUCCACACCUGGUCGCGCCUGCCUCACGGAUCGGGGCUGGGCACCAGCAGCAUCCUGGCGGGGGCCGUGAUGGCGGCCUUGUACCGGGUGUCGGGGCGCUCCUGCAGCACCGGGUCUCUCAUUCACGCCGUGCUGCACCUGGAGCAGGUGCUCACCACCGGCGGCGGAUGGCAGGACCAGGUGGGCGGGCUGGUGCCGGGCCUGAAGGUGGGGCGCUCCGAGGCGCAGCUGCCCUUGAAGGUGGAGGUGGAGCAGAUUCGCCUCCCGGAGAGCUUCAGGCACACCCUGGACCAGCACCUGCUCCUGGUGUACACAGGGAAGACCCGCCUCGCCCGCAACCUGCUUCAGGACGUCCUACGGAACUGGUACGCCCGGCUCCCCUCCAUUGUAGAGAAUGCCAGUGCUCUGGUCAGCAAUGCCGAGGUGUGCGCCCGGGCCCUGCAACAAGGCGACCUGCCUCUCGUGGGGGAGUGCAUGGACCGUUACUGGCGGCAGAAGAAGAAGAUGGCGCCCGGCUGCGAGCCCAGGGCCGUCCGGCGCAUGAUGGAGGCGCUGCAGCCUCAUGUCUAUGGGCAGAGUCUGGCUGGCGCCGGCGGAGGCGGCUUCCUCUGCGUCUUGACGAAGGAGCCCAGGAGGCAGGAGGCCGUGCGGAGGGUCCUGGCCGGGAUGGAGGGCCUGGGGGACUUCAGCAUCCACACAGUGCAGGUGGACACAGCUGGCUUCCAGAUGCAGCUGCAGGGAGAGGAGGCCUUGCAGGGCUGAAGCAGGAGCCGGAGGACCACAGGAGGAGGGCAGGUCCGAACAGCCCUCUCCGCAGCUGCCCUCUCCCCCUGCCCUUUGGCCUCACACCGCAAGGCCUCGCCCAGGAGGACAGCUGGUCCCUCCGGGGGAUUCUACCAGCGGG